AUGGCACUUGCUGUACGCACCUAUUUUGAGACAGAGCACAAGGUCAUGCUUCCCUUAGAUGCCAUUACCUGUGUACCCUUAGAAGGAGAAGGAAAGAUUGAGGACAGGGUCAACCAAUUAUAUACCAAAUUAAUAGAGAAUUCAGUAUGGUUAGAAGCUGUUUCUUCAGCCGAUGUGAUUCUCUGGGCCACUCAUUCACAAGGAACGCCUGUCUCUAUUAUGUUGCUCCAACGACUACUAGAAAGAGGACAUGUUCAACUGAUCCGACAGUCUGUCUGUAUGUUGGCUAUGGCAGGGAUUUCGCACGGACCUUUUCCUGCCUUGAAAAAGAGUCUGAUUUAUUUUGAAGCAGAUGCUGCACGUGAGCUAUUUGAGUUUAUGGAUUCUUCUAGCUCCAUCUCAACCAAGUUUCGCCAAUCACUUGAAUACAUCUUGACAUGUGGUAUCAAACUCGUCUUGACAGGCUCCAUGCAAGAUCAAGUGGUACCCUUGUAUUCAGCCAUUCUGCAUGCAGUAGACCAUCCCAAUAUCCUAAGAUCAAUUUACAUUGAUGGUCAUAUCUUUUCAGAAGACGAUUUCUUAAUCAAUCUGAUUGUGUUUUGCUUCAAGUUGCGUAAUACAGGAUUAUCAGAUCAUGAUUUGAUUAUUCAUCUUAGCCAAGUGUUAGCGGGGAGUCUUUAUGCUUUGGAAGGAGGACAUUCGACUGUAUAUGAAGAAUUACAAGUCUAUUUAACAGCUGUUCAAUACAUGUUUGAAACAGCCCCAUUUGGUCCAUGUGUACGACAGCAAGACAGAAUGCAAUACAAAAUGGACCCAUUUCAGGCUAAAUUACAGCCGAACCCAUAUUAUUUACCUUGGGCAUUACAUAGUAUGUUUACAGACCCCAUGAUUCUGGCCAAUGAAGGACUAAAAGCAGACUUGAAACAUUUGUUGUUCCUGUUUGAUCAAUGGCAACCUACGCCUACUCGAUUACGUGAACUCAAGUUUAGAUUAGAACCUCUAUUGACACUGCAUCUCUAG